UUGCCCUUCAGUUGUACAUUACAAUAGAGGAAGCAUCAUGCGUCUACGUGCCUGUCACCUCGUAAACCCUCCCGCCCCAUCCUACAUCUGUUUGUCUCCUGCUGUGCAGGACUCAGAGACUUCAGGAAGCUCUGAAGCAGCAGGUGUUUGGAGUAUUUUGGAAACAUGUCUGGAUUCAUCCAGUUGUUGAAGAAGAGGAAGGAGCUGAUCCCUCUGGUGGGAUUCAUGGCGUUCGCAGCAACAGGAGCCACAUCUGCUUCCCUCUACUUUCUGUUCACCAAAUCCGAUGUGAUUUUGAACAGGACUACAAACCCAGAACCAUGGGAAAGACUGGACCCAUCAAAGCCCCAAAAGCUAAUCACCAUCAAUCAGCAAUGGAAACCAGUGGAAACUCUGGAAAUGGUGAAGUCCAUGACCAAAUAAAGAAAGAAGAGCAAGUAUCAUCUCUGAAGAUGUAGAGUCUUGACUACUUGCCAGGCCCCCUCAUCAGUCUAGCAGAAUCCUUUCUGCACAAACUAGGACGCUUUGACACUCAGUGUGCGGAAAUGCUUCUGCUCAACUGGUGGGGUUUCACCCUGCUCUGUAGCGGCAACACAAGGACAUCUAUCCACAUCGACAGAAAAAGAAAUGUCUGAGAUUAGGACGGGUCAUUUGUUUUUGUUUUUUUGGCUAACCAGAGGGGGAGAGAGGAAUUUUUACUUUAUCAGCUGUGGUUCGUCUUAACUGUCAGAUACCUUCAAUAUGAAUGUUCAUUGCUGUCUAAAUAUAAAAAAAAAACACAAACAGAGAGUACUGUACUGCAUAUUGUCAAUAAAGCUGAGCUUUUAUGUGGCUUAGAAGACCA